CCACCAGCGCACUAAGCGAGACGAGAAAGCACUGUGGACGUUUCUUCGACUUCCGACCUGACCUUCCGUCGCCAACCCUUUUCGCCCAUCCCGACAACCCCGAUACUCAGCCAUCAUGUCUAAGAGAGGUCGUGGCGGUGCCGCCGGCAACAAGCUGAAGAUGACCCUCGGUCUGCCUGUCGGCGCCGUGAUGAACUGCUGCGACAACUCCGGUGCUCGCAACCUGUACAUCAUUGCCGUCUGCGGUAUUGGUGCCCGCCUGAACCGUCUCCCCGCUGCCGGUGUCGGUGACAUGGUCAUGGCCACCGUCAAGAAGGGAAAGCCCGAGCUCCGCAAGAAGGUCAUGCCCGCCGUUGUCGUCCGCCAGUCCAAGCCCUGGCGCCGGGCUGACGGUAUCUACCUGUACUUCGAGGACAACGCUGGUGUUAUCGUCAACGCCAAGGGCGAGAUGAAGGGAUCCGCCAUCACCGGUCCUGUCGGUAAGGAGGCUGCUGAGCUUUGGCCCCGUAUUGCCUCCAACUCCGGUGUCGUCAUGUAAAGAGAGCAGUGAAAACCGAAUAAAACAACAAAAUUUCAACGAUACCAAAACCUGACUCCUUGGGACCUGGGAAUAACGGGGUGCAUUCAUGGCAUUAUUGUGGAGAGACGGAGAGGCCAAAAAAAGGCAGGGAGAAAGGUCCAUCUAACGUGACGAGUUCCACCUAUGUUAUUUCGAGCCGGUCUUUCUGUAUCCUCCCCAUUCGUGUUUUUUUCUCUUUGAACACUGGCGAAUCGAGGGAGUA